AUGGCGGACGCCGCGAGAGGAGCAACGGCGCCGCCUCCCGGCGGCAGCCUCCCAGACGAGAUCACCAUCUGGGAGAUCCUCGUCCGUCUGCCCCCCAAAUCGCUCCUCCGCUGCCGCGCCGUCUGCCGCGCAUGGCGCAGCGCCACCUCCACCCGCCAAUUCCUCCUCGCCCACCACGCCCUCCAGCCCGCCCUCCCCCUCCUCUACGGCUACAACUUCGUCGGCGACGAGGUCGAGUCCCUCGACAUCAUCCCCUUCCACCAGCGGGCAGGCGCCGACCAGCCCCAGCUCCAGCUCCACCCCGUCGCGCGGCUUGAGCAAGACUCCGACUUCCACCAUCUGGAGGCCUGCUGCGACGGCCUCCUGGUCCUCUCCUUCCGCCACACCAGCGUCCGUGACUGGCGCUUCGCCGUCUGCAACCCCGCUACUCGUCAGUACGCGCCCCUCCCGUUGCCUUAUGGCUGUAACAUCGAGUACUCGCUCCUCGGGAUGUACCGGCACAUCCCCACCGGCGACUACCGACUGUUGAUGUACCGGGACUCAGUAUUGAUGCCUCAUGAACUGGUACCUGACCCCCCUGAAGACGGCUCCUACAUCUUCACGUUAGGCUCGGGCCAGCCACCGAGGUACAUAGGGUUCCCCGAUGCGCAGGUGCUGACAUACACCUUUGGAUCUCUCCUGUUUCGUGGCUGCCUGCAUUGGCACCCACCAGGCAGCACGAUAACGGUGUUCGACACCACUACUGAGUUGUUCUGGCAGAUGCGUGCUCCGGUUGUUCCUGGCCAUGCUAAGUUGUUUCAGAUGGAUGGAAUGCUUGGCAUGCCCGGCUUUAAUGAUGCAGCGACAGCCAUUGAUAUCUGGGUGGCGCAGGACUAUGAGAGGGAGGUCUGGGCCUGCAAAUACCGGGUAGACUUCUCAUUUGCAGACCUCACUCUGCAGUUUGGCAAGUUGGACGAAAGUUCUUGGGUGGUGGCUGUGCCUUGGGAUGGUGACGUGCUCCUACUGAUCAAUUUUGGUGAGUGGCUACUUCAGGUUGACAUUGAGGGCAAGUUGGUCGCUACUUCCCAUCGCAGAGGCCUCGGUCCUGCAAAUCUUUGGCUCAAGCAAACUCUUGUUCAACAUACCUUCUUUCCAACACUCGAGGGUUAUGUUGCCAACUCUGCACCUUUCAUCUGA